AGGAAAGGAUUACUUCAAAGAAAAAGUUUGUAAUGAAUACAACAUAUUGGGGAAAAAACAUUUUCAUUCCUUUUAAAUACUCAAGGGACUAAAUUAAAAAAACAAAAGUUCAAAAAAAUAAAAGCAAGAUUAAAAAGAAGACAUUUAAAUUGACAAACUGCCAGCUUAUAAAGGUCUGAGUGGAGAGAUGUAUUUGACUUGGAAAAAUAGAGGACAAGUGCCUCUCACAAAUGAGACAUUCUGCAGCCCAGGUCAAUUGUCAUGAACAGCAGGAAGUAUUCUAAUGCCACCAUUGACGAGAUCAUGAAUCUGGUGAACAAGAUGGUACACCUAGCUGAAAAAUGUUGCACUGCAGGAGCUGAUCCGGACUGCUAUGACAACGAGUCUUCUGCUUUCUCUAACAAAUCCUGCAGCCCAGAUGCUCCUUUCCCAAAGCACCCAGGGAUAGCUGGAUGCUGCACUGAGAAAGGCCUUGCUCGAAAGCUGUGCCUGGCAGCCUUGAGGCACCCACCAAAGGAGUUCCCGACCUAUGUGGAGCCAUCCAAUGAGGAAAUAUGUGACACCUUCAAGAAGGACCCUCAGGGCUUUGAAGACAGGUUUUUGGCUGAGUAUUCCAGCGACUACAGCUAUGCUCCUUUGCCAGUCUUGCUGAACUCUACACGGACGUAUUUAUCCACUGUUAGAACCUGCUGUGCCAGCACACAGCAGACCACCUGCUUCUUGAAAGAGAGGCUGCAACAGAAGCCUAUCCAAGCACUCACCCAUCUAUCAAACAAAGCCUGCUCUAUCUAUACCUUACUUGGGAAAAAUAAAACAAAAAUCAGCUACUUAAUAAAAUUUACACAGCAAAGCCCAAGCCUGCCCUUUGAGAAUGCCAUAGCCCUCGCUGAAGAAGCAUCUGAAAUUCUUUCCAAGUGCUGUGCUAAUUUAGAAGAAAACUGUAUCCAGAAUGAGAUCAAGAUUCAUAUCGCUAACAUCUGCAAUACGGUCUGUGCCCGGAAUGAAAGGAUUAAAACCUGUUGCACUGCUAAAGAUGACAUGGGAAAGUACUUAUGUAUUUACUCACUCCCAUGGGACAAACAUCCUGAAGUCCCUCAGGCUCCCAGUUCAAUUGAUGAAGGCAUCUGCAGAGCAGGUAGUGAAGUGGACAUAUAUCGUUAUAUUUCUGACGUGGCUCGGCAAUAUACCCGUGCUCCAGAGGCUCUCCUCAUUACCUUGUAUGAUGCCAGCCAAGCUGCCACCAAUGAUUGCUGUGGCCAGCCCAACCCCCAAAGCUGUUUCACAGAGAAGAACUCACAAACAAUAGCCCCGCUACAACCUUUGAUUGUAAAAGGAAAUGAGCUUUGUGCCGAAUAUUCAGAUCAUACUUUCGUGGAAUUCCUCAAGAGACUAAAAGAAAAUGCCAUGCCACUGCUUCCCCCUGGUAUUUUGAAUACUGAGGAUUAUUUGUCUGCUCUGGUGGAACAGAAGACUAAUUAUGUUUCCAAGUGUUGUCAUCUGAAUGCACCUCCAGCAUAUUGUGGAAUGCAGGUUGCAGCUUUUAUAAGCAACUCUGCUGUCCUGACGCCAGGGAGAAGACCCGCAUAGGAGAGAAAGAAGGUAGCACAGGUGCCUACAAUUUUUAAACAGCCUGUUCUUCCACAAGGCAUCUGCAGAGGUUAAGCUUCAUGAUAAAUUUCAAAGAAUCGGAGAGAUGGAGAAGAUUCUGUAGUCUGACAUUAUAGGUUCCCCUCCUUUGACUUAAGCCAUAAUUUGAUUUAUUUAAUGUGGGGCUAUUAUUCUUCUAAUCCAACCAUUAUGGUUGGUCAAACUGUAGUUUAGGACUUAGCAAGUUGUGUGAGCCCAGCCAGUAGAGGUUGAUUCAAUCAGCCAUGUUUAAAACAACUCUGGACUUAGCACAAUGGGUGAACUGGGUAACCUUCAUUGAAAUUGAGAGGUGUUAGUUAAUUGGGACUGAUGGGCAGGUUUCACAAAGGUUUAGCAGGGUCAGACCUCAUUAAUAUGUGGAUGGGAGACCAUCAAAGAACUGUAAAGUUAUAGGCUAGACUGGGAAGUCAGAAAAAUAUAUCAGAAGAAGCCAUGUUUGUGUAUAUGACUUGUUCUGUCUAGAGAAUAUUCAUCACAUAAAACAUAUUUUUCUUUACAGCA